AUGAACUUCUAAAAUUUAAACACAUUAAUUUGCUAAGAGUAAUCAAUUUAGAAACAUGAUAUUAAGUUAUUAGAAAUUUUGAAGUGGGAUGAGAUCAAAAAGAAAUUAGUAAAAAUUACAAUUGAAAUAACAUUUACAUAAGAUAAUAAAAUUGUUUAUUCAUAGGAGGGAGUAAUUUUAAGGAUGUAAUAGAAUAAUAAAAAUAUAAAAGUGAAUAAGUCAAUGACUCUAUUGAAAAUUAAGAAUUAUUGACAAAUAUGGAAUAAAUCAAAUAUGCUCAAUGGUAAGGCGAAUAUGGAGAGAAUAAUAGGAAAAAUGGAUAUUGGAGAGUUAUUUGGAGAGGGAAGCCUUUGAGAAGAGUUGGCGGUUACUAUCAGAAUGGAUUAAAGUAAGGAAUUUGGAAUGAAUUAAAUAAGAAUUUUUGGAUGUAAGUAAGAGAAAAUUAAAUUAAUAUAGACUAGCUCAAAUUUAGGAAAGGGGAUAAUAUUUUAAAGGUUAAAAAAAUGGUGAAUGGAUAUAUUUUUUUGAUGAUAAGAAAAUGUAUUCGAUAUAAAUAAACUGAUUAGCGGAGGUGGAUCAUACAAUUAGUCAGGCUAAAAAAAUGGCAAAUGGAUAGAAUUAGGGGAUGGAUUUUAUAAUCAUUCAUAAGUAACAUAUGAAGGAGAAUAUAAAAAUGGAAAAAAAAUUGGUUUAUGGGAUAUAUGGUUUAAAAAACAUAUUGUAGGUAAAUAAAAUUACAUGAUGUAUAUAUUUAAUAAAAUUAUAAGUGGUGGUGGAUCAUAUGACUAAGAAGAUUAAAAUAAAAUUGGGAAAUGGAUUGAGUUGAGUGACGGAUUUUAGGAAUUCUGUUAGGUAACUUGUUCUGGUGAAUAUUAAAUUGGUAAAAGAAUUGGUUAAUGGAGUAUUUGGUAUAAAUAUUGGGAAACAAAUAAUUAUAAAGAAAUGUAAUAUUAUAGUUAAUCUAUUUUUAGUGGUGGUGGUUUUUAUGAUGAAGAAGGUUCAAUGAAAAUUGGGAGAUGGAUUGAGUUGAGUGAUGAGUUUAAAUGUGAUUUAUAAAUCACUAUAAAUGGGGAGUAUAAUAAUGGUAAAAGAGUUGGGAUAUGGUAAAAAAUAAAUAUUCAAAAUAAUAAAAUAUAUAGCUAAAUAAAUUCUGAUAAAUGA